AUGGCACAAUCUUCCUUACAACCAGACACCAGGCCUGGAAAAAAUCACCUUCCUAUCCACCGUGACACACGCGCCCACGUGCCCCGCCCACGAGCUUCUAUCUGCCCGCCCACGUGCCCCGCCCACGAGCUUCUAUCUGCCCGCCCACGUGCCCCGCCCACGAGCAUCUAUCAGUCCGCCCACGUGCCCCGCCCACGAGCAUCUAUAUGGCCGCCCACUUGCCCCGCCCACCACACGCCACGAGAAUCUAUCAGUCCGCCCACGUCUAUAUGGCCGCCCAUUGCCCCGCCACGAGCAUCUAUAUGGCCGCCCACUUGCCCCCCCACGAGCAUCUAUAUGGCCGCCCACUUGCCCCGCCCACGAGCAUCUAUAUACUUGCCCGCCCACGAGCAUCUAUAUGGCCGCCCACUUGCCCCGCCACUCCCGCCGCCCACCACACGCCCACGAGAAUCUAUCAGUACGAGCAUCUAUAUGGCCCCCACUUGCCCCGCCCACGAGCAUCUAUAUGCCGCCCACUUGCCCCGCCCACCACACGCCCACGAGCAUCCAUCAGUCCGCUCACGCGUCAUGCCCACAAGCUUCUAUCUGCCCGCCCACGUGCUACGCCCACGGCCUGGCACGCGCACGCCCAUCGGCCUCCCUCGCGGGCGUGCACUCCUCGUGACUGAAGGGUAUGCAGGGAUGACGCCUGGGUGGACGGUCAUACCAUCUGGCAAGGAGUUUAAGAUGGCUCGACUUCAGUUGGGGGACUUCAAGAUGGGGGACUUCAAGACGGGGGACAAGACGGGGGACUUUAGACAGGGGACUUCAGACCAGAGAAUGAGACUUCAGAUGGGCACUUCAAGAUGGGGGACUUCAGAAAGGGGACUUUAG